AUGGUAUUCUAUUGGGGGUUAAAUUAUGUUCCACCGGGUACAAGUGAUAUUUACUAUAUGAGAAUAUUGUUAGCUGUUCAGAGAGGUUGCACAACAUAUGAGUCUAUUAGGACAGUUAAUGGAAUUACAUAUUCUAGCUUCCAAGAUGCUUGCUAUUCCAUGGGAUUACUGUGCGAUGAUAGGGAAUUCAUUGCAGCUAUUAAUGAGGUAGCUAACCUUGAAUCUGGUCAUCAAUUGAGAAAACUAUUUGCAAUGCUACUGAUAUCUAAUAGCAUUAGCAACUCAAAGCGUGUUUGGAAUGCAAGUUGGACAUUAUUAGCUGAUGGAAUACUAUAUGAGAGGAGAAAAGAUUUGAAAAAUAAAGGACUAAACAUAACUGAUGAUGAAUUGAAAAACCUUUGCCUUAUUGAGAUUGAGAAGAUACUUAACAAUUCUGGUGGUUUUUACUUCGUUUAUGGGCAUGGUAGGUGUGGUAAGACAUUUAUUUGGAAUGUACUUUCUUUUGAUAUUCGGUCUAGAGGAAAGAUUGUUUUAAAUGUCGCAUCCAGUAGAAUUGCGUCUUUACUCCUACCUAGUCGCAGAACGGUUCAUUCUAGAUUUUCAAUACCCAUUACAAUUACUGAUGAAUCUACUUGCAACAUCAAGCAUGGCAGUUUGAAGGCUGAGCUGCUCAUCCAAAGUAGCUUAAUAAUUUGGGAUGAAGUUCCAAUGCUCAAUAAAAUGUGCUUUAAAGCACUUGAUUGGAUGCUCAGGGAUCUUAUGUCAGUUACCGAUCAACAUAAGACACAUCAAUCAUUUGGUGGUAAGGUUGUUGUUCUAGGAGGUGAUUUCAGACAGAUACUUCCGGUGAUUUCGAAAGGGAGUAGACACGAUAUAUUGGCAUCCGCUAUUAACUCAUCCCAUCUGUGGUCGUUUUGUAAGGUUCUGAAACUGCAUACAAACAUGAGGCUUCUAAUGUCUUCUUCAGAUCAAGAUGAAGGUGAAAUGAAGAGAUUUACUAAUUGGAUACUUGAUGUUGAAAAUGGAAAUAUUGGUUCUAUUGUUGGUGAUGAAUCAGAAAUUGAAAUUUCAGAUAAUCUAUUGAUUACAACUAUUGAUGAUCCUCUCUCUUAUUUGAGUAGGAAAAUUCUUGCACUCACGCUUGAGAGUGUCGAGAAGGUAAACGAUUUUGUCUUGACAAUCUUUCUAUGGAUGGAAAAGGAGUAUUUCAGUUCUGACACAACAUGUCUAGCUGAUGAGAAUGAAGAUGUACAACAAGAGUGGUUCACACCAGAGUUCCUAAAUGACAUCAAAUGUUCGGGACUACGUAAUCACAAGUUGACUUUGAAGCCAGGAAUUGCUGUAAUGCUACUACGAAACAUAGACUUUAGUGUACUAGUAGUAAAUCGAAUCAACUAG